AUGGAGUAUGCUGCCCUUUGGGUGGUUGAUGCUGUGGCGGCGGAGAAUGUUGCGAUCCUGGUCAAUUUUGCUAUGCCGGUGGCUGCUGCAGAAACAGCGAAACGGGAUGCGAAGGAAAUACAUUUGUUCAAUAGGUUAACAACCACGACUAGCACUACAUCUGACAUUGCGCCCAAUACCACGCCGACCAUCACGCGAACCACUGCGUCGACUGCGACUACCAGUACGAGCCCUGUACGAUCCAUCACUGCCACCGCUGUCGUUCCCUCUCCCAUACCAUCAUUAGGCUCGUCGAUGGUCGAAAUACCAGCCACCGAUCCACAGAUAACUUACCGAGGUAGCUGGAUAUCUGUAACUUCGUUGUGCAAUGCUUCGUCGCGAUCAAGAAUGGCCACAGGACCUUCCUCGUCUUUUUCCUUCAAUUUCCAAGGUGAUGCUGUCUAUCUGAGCCUUUCGUCGUACAAUGCUUUGUAUAACGUCAUGGUUCGUGGACAAACGACAACUUUUGGGGCGUCCGACAGUCGUGUUAUCCCAAGUAACUGUUCGCUCAGUUUUGGGCAAGCUGCGUUACAGGGGCAGUCGAACGCCAUUGAAGUCAUCGUCAGUGGUUCCUCCCUAGACUCAGCUGGUCAAUGGUCCUUUGCCAUGGAGAAGAUUGUUGUUGCUUCGACAUCUCCUCCCCCUGCUCCCAGCAAUAAGUCUCCUUCAGCAAUAAUUAAAUGGGUGACCGCGACUAUAGGAGCAGCCGUUGUCUUAAUAUUGUUGAUGGUUUAA